AUGGCUUCCCUCGCUCUCCCUCCUCCUCCCAACCGUCAUCGUGCUAGCUCGACAAAUGUCCGCCCGCCCUUGACGCUAAGCUCUCUGGGUUCGCGCCGCAGGUCCAACUCUCUGCUGGUCUUACCCUCGCCCGUCGCCUCUCCCAUCGACACACCGCCCCAAACUCCCCCCCUUCAAGAGGUCUUGUGCCCCCUCGUCAUGUCUGAACUACCUACACAGGCUGUCGUGCAGAGCCGCUUCGUAUCUGCCCUAUCACGCUGCCUCCACAUCAUACAAAGACACGACGACCUCUCUUCGCCGUCCUCACCACUCCUCAGUCGCACCAGUACAGACUCGACGAUCUUGCCGCUUUCCGCAUCGCCGACGCGGACAACCUUCGCCGAUGUCUUCCCAGAGAAGCCCUCGGCACUGUCGCGUCGGCGGCUGUUGCGCGGACUACUAUCAAUCCACACUCCCGUGUUGUUCGUGCUCAUACUCUUUCCCUUGUCGACUGCGAUAGUGGUGCUAUGCAUGUCGACGCUUCCCAUCACCAUGCAAUGGCCGCGUAAUCUGACAGACCUCGCUGAGAUGGGUCGGGAAUUGCAGGGUUACACCCAGACUGGACCUGGUGCCAUGGCGCAUGUGCUAGGCGUCAUCUCAAUUACGGCAACGUGGAAGCACGCUUGGUCAAUACCAGGCAGUGUCAUCUGGAAUGUGCUGGCGGGCGCACUUAUUUCUCCUGCAUAUGCUACAAUACUGUUCACGAUGCUCACAACCAUCGGAUCCAUAUGCGCCACACUUCUUGCCACGCCAAUAGCUCCCAUUCUUUCACAGCUGUUCCCGCGUGCGCUAGAACUUACCCGAUCAGCACUCGAGGGCGAUUCCAGUACGGAUGAUCCUUCUACCACCAAGCACAAGCAGGCCUGGGUACGCCUAUCGAUACUACGGCUCAUUGGAGUAGUACCGUGGUCCGGCAUCAACAUCGCUUGCGGUGUGUGCGGCGUUGCGAUCUGGGACUGUCUUUUAGGAGCGUUCCUCGGGUCGUUACCAUGGACAGCAGUAACAUGUCAGAUAGGUGACAUUCUGCAAACCGUCGCGUCAAAUCCGUCCCCGACACAACAGAGUGUCCGCUCACUUCUUACGUCGCCGCAAAUUUUGCUCAAGCUCGCGUUCCUCUCCAUCCUCUCCCUCGCGCCCAUACUGGGACGGAAUCAUCUGCGUCAGUGGAUCAAUUCAUCAGUAGCGUCGUCACAACAACAAACAAGCUUGUCGGAUGAGCGAAUUCCGCGUUGGGCCUGGAUUAAAGAGUGGCAGAGCAGAAUACGCAUGCCGUCGCGGUCACGCGCACGAGAAGCGUUCAAGUACGAGCUGGCAACGCUCGUCCGGGAGAAGAACCAGAACCUCCCGUUGUGA